UCCCCGCCGGCCGCCGCGGGGCGGGGCGGGGCGGGGCCGGGCAGCAGCUGCGGAGGCCGUUGGCGGUGGUGAGGGGGCUUCUGGCGCAGAAACUGAGAGUUUCGGCUCUGACUUCCCGUAUUUUAAAUCUCGGCUCUGAUGCGCUCUUCGAGUACAGCUUCUUACUCUUGCAGCUGAUGCCUUCCGAAUCCUGACAGGCCCGAAACCGCCGUGCGUGAGCGGUUGCUCUGUGUCACUUCUCCAUCGUGCCCUUGCAGAGGGUGGUGGUCGAGCAGCGUCCCUUCCGUGUCCCGUGAAGUAGCGCUCCGGGGCGGCGGAGCGCUGGUGCUCGUCCCAGGCCGAGGCGGCCCGCGGUCCCCCGGCCCGUGGAGCACAGGUCGCUGCCUGUACGGCCUUAGUGAAAAGGUAGAGUUAAAAGCUGAAGCAGUAAUGCACGAGUGACUGUGUACUACUAGCCUGUGUCCAUCGAUGGCCUCUGUGCAAGUGAUUCCGGACUCUUACAACCAUGUGUUGGCAGAGUUUGAAUGUUUGGAUCCUUUGCUUUCUGCACUCAGACUGGAUUCUAGUCGUCUGAAGUGCACAUGCGUAGGUGUGUCCAGGAGAUGGCUAGCUCUAGGCACUUCUGGAGGAGGACUGAACCUUAUACAGAGAGAAGGCUGGAAGCAGAGACUUUUUCUGUCCCAUAAGGAAGGUGCCAUUUCCCGGGUUGCCUGUUGUUUACAUGAUGCAGACUAUGUUGCUGUUGCCACCAGCCAAGGUCUGGUAGUAGUCUGGGAGUUGAAUCAGGAACGUCGCGGGAAACCGGAAAGGAUUUAUGUUUCCUCUGAGCAUAAGGGCAGAAAAGUCACAGCUCUGUGUUGGGAUACAGCUGCCCUUCGGGUGUUUGUAGGUGAUCAUGUGGGAAAAGUAUCAGCCAUCAAGAUUAACACAUCGAAACAAGGCAAGGCUGCUGCCACUUUUGUGAUGUUCCCUGUUCAGAUUAUAACCACUGUAGACUCUCGAGUAGUUCAACUUGAUUAUUUGGAUGGAAGACUGCUCAUAUCUUCACUUACACGUACUUAUUUGUGUGAUACUGAGAGAGAGAAGUUCUGGAAAAUUGGUAACAAAGAAAGAGAUGGAGAAUUUGGAGCCUGUUUCUUCCCAGCUGGAAAGAACAGUGGGAAUCAGCAGCCAUUAAUAUAUUGUGCCCGGCCUGGCUCAAGGAUGUGGGAGGUGAACUUUGAAGGGGAAGUGCAAAGCACGCAUCAGUUCAAGCAGCUGCUGUCAUCACCACCUCUCCCUGUUGUUACUCUCGGGCUAGAUCCUCAUUACACUGGUUCCAGCUGUCCUCCACAAUCUUUAUCUUUCCCCAAGCUCCUAUAUUUGACUGAGCAAUGUGUAAUGACCUGGACAGAAAGAGGCAUUUUUAUCUUUGUUCCUCAAAGUGUUCAAGUCUUACUUUGGAGUGAAGUAAAAGAUAUUCAGGAUAUUGCAGUUUACAAAAAUGAACUGUUCUGUUUGCAUACAAAUGGAAGAAUCAUACACCUCUCCCUUCUGCUGGUAGACCGUUGCAUAGAGCGUCUGAUGAGAAGAGGGUUCUGGACCCUUGCUGCCAGGGUCUGUUGUCUCUUCCAGAACUCGAUUAUUUCUUGCAGAGCAAGAAAAAAUUUACCUCCAGACAAGCUGGAACACUUGAAGUCCCAGCUGGAUAUCUCAACCCAACAGGAUCUUAUUGCCCAACUGGAAGAACUGAUUUCAAAGUUGGAACCUCCAGAUUCCGCGUGCAGCAGUAGGAGGAGCAGUAUUUCAUCUCAUGAAAGCUUCAGUGUCUUAGACUCUGGAAUAUAUCGCGUUAUUAGUCGAAGAGGCAGUCAGUCAGAUGAAGAUUCAUGUUCUCUCCACAGUCAAACGUUUUCAGAAGAUGAGAGACUUAAAGAAUUUCCUGUACACCAGGAAGAUGAGCAGGUGGAACCUGACAACGUAUCUCAUGCAUCUGUGACGGUUGAGGCUGAUCGGAAUGAGACAUUUCUCCCAUUCAGUAUUCCUUUGUCAUUUCGUUCCUCAUCUCCUCUCGUCUCUCUCCAAGCUGUCAAGGAAAGCGUUUCCAGCUUUGUACGCAAAACUACUGAAAAGAUUGGCACCCUUCAUGUGAGCCCUGAUAUUAAAGGGAGGCAAGAAGCAAAGGAUGAUGAGCAGCUGCAGGAGGUGACUGUUAAUGUGGUAGCAUUUCCCCAGGAAGAAAAAGAAUCAGAAUCACAGAGCUGCCCACUUCCAGAAGAGGACCAUCUAAGAGAUCUCAAGGCUGCAACAGCGAAAGCUAUAGCCAAACUUCAGGAUCCGCUGGUUUUGUUAGAACCACAGUAUAUGAGAAGGGUUUUACAGGAAUGGCUUUUUUACCUGGAAGAAAAGUUUGGCAGCAAUGCAUGUUCUGCUUCAUCUGUUAAGAAAUGCAAGAUUGCAUGUGCUGAAGAACAGCAGGAAGUCCAGGAGGAAAACCUGCAACUGGAUCCAAAUGGUGAAGACCGUGUAGACAAAGAACAGAGUGGUAUCUUGGAAGCCUGCACUGUAAAAGAAAAUACUGUUGAAACCUGUGUAGGCAAAACUGCGUGUGAAAAUAAUGCUAAUUCAAUGGGAACUUCGGACUGCUGCUUUCAAGUGUCUCCUCCAUAUGUCAUAGAGCAGGAUGUUCAGAAAGAUCUCACUGAGUUGACAACACUGUGUUUUGAGCUAUGUGUAUUUUGUUGUGGAAAUGGUAAUGUUAAGGAAAGUUCUGAUCAAACUCCGCCACUAGCAGCUUCAUGGACCUUGGCUUGUAGGUUUAUACAAAGCUACUUCUUUCUUCUGGAUUUGAAAAGAGUAAAGCAGUGUAUUAUAACCAGCUACACACACAGUCCUAAUGUGUGGAAAACAUACAUUGAAGGAUUGAAAGAAUUAACUUGUCGCAAUCCAGUGGUUUUGGCAAUGGAAAAUGAAGAUAUGCUGAAAAUACUGAAACAGCUGCAUGAUUUGGGGCCUUGGGAUGAUAGCCCUCUGUUACUGGCACAUGCUCAGAGGCUUUAUGAAAAGUUUGGGGAAACGGCUCUUCGCCCCUUGAUCAAGUUCCACCCUUCUAUUUUGCCUUCAGAUAUCAGGCAACUUUGCAGGAACAACCCAGCUCACUUUUUAGCAUAUUUAGAUAGUCUUGUGAAAUCAAAGCCGGAGGACAAAAGACCCUGUCUCCUUAGAUCUCUUCUGCAGCCUGAAUCAUUACGACUAGAUUGGCUGUGCUUGGCAGUUUCUCAUGAUGCACCACAAAGAACAAAUACUGUGGAUGCAGAAGGAAAUCCAAGGCCACGAUCACAUUUGUUUACUUGGGGCUACAGUCAGCUAAUUCUGCUUUUGAUUAAACUUCCAUCUGACUUUGUAACAAAAGAGAAGAUGGCUGACAUCUGUAAAUCAUAUGGAUUCUGGCCUGGAUAUCUUUUUCUCUGUCUGGAGCUGGAUAGAAGAAUAGAAGCCUUUACUAAUAUUGCUCAUUUGGAUGAUUUGAGCCUGUUGAAUGGAGAAGAUGGUUUGAUUCCAGAGACUACAGAAGAAUGGAAGUUUCUUCUGCAUCUCGCAGAAAAUCACAGUGCUGCUUCCCUCCAUCACAGCAUACAGAAUGGGAAUGCUGUCAGCAAUGGUAGCCCCAGCUGGGCAAAUUGCAUCACUAUAGAAAACGUCUCUCUCUUAUUGGCAAAGGCAAUUGGCCCAAAUCGUGCCUUGCCUCUGUUGCAGGAGUGCGGCUUCUCCCUAGAAUUGUCCGAGAGGUUUACUAGUGUCUGUGAGAUACUGAGAAUUGCUGAGAAAAGGCAAAGAGCCCUGAUUCAGUCCAUGUUGGAAAGGUGUGACCGGUUCUUAUGGUCUCAGCAAGCAUAGGAAACAAUUCAGAAAACUUUGGGAACAUACUUUUUACUGUAACUAUUGUUUAUUAAAAUGCCUCUUAAACUUCA